UACUGUGUAUAUACGUCUGGAUGUUGCAUACUUGGGUGUGUGUGUGUGUGUGUGUGUGUACACGUGUGAUUCAUAGUGGAUACACUAUAUGUGUAUGCUGACACAGCUGUUCCACACUAACCACACUGUUCCUCCACACUAUCUACAGUUUCAUUCUCUGGGCUCUACUCCAGCAGCUCCUGACCCUUUUCCCCUAUCACUGUUUUGCUGUGUCUUUACUUUCUGUCCGUCCUCCCACAUUGUUCUGCAGUUUCACACUGUGAACGUGUUUUGUACGUUCGCGCAUGGCAAAUAUUGAGUGCUUUGGGUCAGUUUGUGAUGCUGGAAGGUUCCUUUUAUUGGGAUCUCUGCUCACCGCCUGGGCCACUUAACCACUUUAGACCUGUUUACCAAGUCAUUGUCGAAGCACGCUGGCAGUAAUAAGCCGGCCUUUUUCCACAAAGUGAGCAUGACGGGGUUUUUCUUAAAGAGAUUACUGAACAUGUGUAGAAUCAUUAGACACAACUCUCACCUGGUUCUCCCACAGCAGCGUUUUGGAUGUUGUUGUCCUCUCGUCCCUCAUUUCUGUCACUGAUGUAAUCCACUUGAAGGAACAUUCAGUACUUGUAACAAACUUGAAAAUCCAGUAUUAGUUGGCUUACUUAUCAAUACUAGCUGUGAUAUGUUAUUAUAGCAAGUGUAAUCCAUUAGGAAAUUUUGGCAUUAAAUUUGUGGGAGGGGAACUUCAGCCGUUUAGACGUUUCUUUGCCCUAGUGAAGUCUGUGCGGUUGUUUUAGUUCCUUUUACGCAUGAUUCUCCUUGAAUGCGAUGUGCGCAAAGUAGUCUUCUAGCAGGAGGUAGUUUAAUAAGUUUUAUAAUUUACUAUUAUACCUAGUUUUUUUUCUGUUCAUCUAAAUCCUGGAGUUGAAGGCCAAGAAAUUGUGUAAAGAAUUUAUUUCCUUUUAAUACUUAGUUUUGAAGCUAUGCUGAACACAAGUGUGAUAAGGAAUAAAAUAAAUUCUAAAGGUCUACACAAUCCGUCAUGUUUUUUUUUUGUGAAUGAGUAACUUUCAAUGCAGGUUUGAAGGAGAUGAAAUGCUUCGUUCCAGCUGUCUGCUCUAGCUGUUCUGCUCCUAGCUCCAUUUGCAUUUAGCGUAUGCAGUGACUGAGCUUUAAGCUUAAGCACUAUUUGAAGCUGUUGUGAUUCCUACCAUGUGGGCAGCGAAGAACCCCCAGCCUUUUAAUGCUCCACUGUCUGUGUAGCAGAACAUUAAUUAUUAAUAUUAAACGUGUACCCUGAACCGGCUCGCUGACUGGUCAGACUGGGUCGCCCGACCUCGGUCCCGUCAGGCAGGUCAUGUUGAUUCCUAUUUGACAGAUAGAUCUGGACCAACAUUUGCACCAGGCAUCAUAAUGUUCAACCCAGUUUUGUCAGUGCUGUGUCCAUUUUCUCAUCAAAUGUUAGUCUUGUAAGCAAACCCGCUGAUACUUUGUCGGAGUAAGGUAGAGGCUUUGAGAGGCCCCUCAGCUGGCUGCGAACCAGGAGCAGCAGGGAGGUGAUGUAUUUUAAUUUACCUUAGCCAGAAAAAGAAAUUGUGUGCAAAGGAAGGAAAUGGCGCUUGUGACAAACUCAGUCAGAAGUAGCUCGGCUGACUGGACUGCAUACCAAUGAUGAAUGAAGGAGGCAUCUUUUAUUCCUUCUUAAAAUAUACAUUUUUGCAUCUUUUGGAAAUACUUGCAUAACUGGUGUUGGCCACGUUGAUUUUAAUGGAUCGCCAUUUGGCGCAAUCACAAUUACAUAUUGUUAAUGUUACAGUAAUAGUGCGAUAAUAUGGUUUUGUGAUAUUGAAUAUUUUGUGUGUGGGCAGGAAACGGGCUGUGUUUACAGGUACAUUGUAAUGAAUCAUUUAAUUUGUGCAUUUGAGUUGUUUACGUCUUCCUCCCGACAGCUGUCGUGCUGCUUAACAUUACUGAUGUGUUUAAUGUGGUGCUGUCAUUACACGCAAUCCACAAAAUGACUAAUUCAAUCAGAUACGCUAGAGCACGUCUUUAGCUUUACUCUUGAAGGAAACCACAAGGUCAGACAUGAUGUUCAGUAUUUUCUAAACACAAAGGUAAAUAUUUACAUCAGUUUCGUGUCAAAAUGGAGCUUGUCUGUUUAAGGCAUAACUACUGUUGCUUAGGUUUCAAAGGAACAUUAUGCAGAAUCUAAAGACGAAAAGACUAGAGACUUCUUUUAAAUGAGAACUUGAAUUAGGCCAGAUGUGUGUAUGGUAAUAUUAAUAAGUCAUGAAAGCUUUCAUAUGCAGGUUUAGUCCAGUCUGUGUGCAAUGUGCGCAGGAUUAGUUAAAAACGGGCCCAGUCGUUGGAAAAUGAACUAAAUAUUUAUUAUUAUAUUCUGAGACUGCUCGGCCUGUGUGCAUUUCCUUCCUGUCCAGACCCCUGCUGUCUGCUCUGAAUGGAUUCAACACAAGUUACAUAAUACUGACAGUCCAUUAAUAACUUUAUUUAUGUUUUCCACAUUUUUUCUCACAAGUUACUUUUGCAUGACAUAUAAAUGUCAGUUAUAAUAUUAUAUUUAAUAUUAAUAUCCAAUGAGUCCAUCUGCUUUGUAUUUCCUUUAAAAGCCCUAUAAUCGCAAUCUCAGGAGGUCUUUUCAAGAACCAAAACAAAGUUUUGCCCCGAUACCAUGUGAUUCUUGCCUCUCGUAGUCUCUCAGACACAUGACAGCUGGCGAUGAACAUCGUUUGCCAUCUGUCUUCACCUACAGAGCCAAAGGGUUCCAGCAAGUGUGACUUUGAAGCAUCAUUCCAGAGUUUUUCCUGAAUACUUACCUCCUUCUGAUUAUUUUUGCAAGUGAUACACCUUCAGGAUACGAUACAGAUUUCUCAACCAACUGAGGGAAUACAUCCGCACAGUAGUGUCAGAAGCUGUGUUGUGGUUGUCUGAUGGGUUCCAGCGAACGAGAGCUUGUGCAUGUUCCCGUGAGUGUGCGUGUAAACACAGGCCCUGAAACCUAGUUUAUCUGGGGGUGGUUAACAAAGCAACAACCAAGCCCACACAAAGUCUAAACCGAGGUAAUGAAUGAGACGUUCUCCCUCCCUCCACUUUCUCCGUCUGCCCUCCAUAUGGCGCCGCAUGUAGCUUAGAGCCGAACGCUUGCACACGUAUGUGAUUUCGAGCGGGAAUCGACUCGUUCAAGCACCUUUUUCAGUAGAAGACGAAUGAAGCAGCUAAAUGUUUGCGCACGCACUCCGUUCUGCCUCAUUCCCCUUAAUUACAGUGGUUCUGGUCAAUGCCGUGUUGACACUGUCACUCACAACCAUAUUCUGCUUUUGCAUGUGGUCGUUUAAACACCACGUUGAAAAGCAUCCAUCAUGUUUGACACGCAUGUACUUUGCGGCCUCACCAGAUACUCGAUUCACAUACUUCUGAUCAUGUUUUUUGUUGGUGAGACGCUUGUGUGACUUUUAGGGUGUGUCAUUAUCUGUAAUGUCCCUUUUUUUUCUUUUUUCCAUUUUCUUAUUUGCUUCUUGCUCCUACUUCCAGUGCAGUCAAAGAACAGAGCAGUAGCAGAUGGAGCAGCUUCACUGAUGAUUCAUAAAGAAAGGAUUGACUCCAUUUUAAUCUAAAGACAUUUUAAAUCCACCCGGACUUCAAACACAGGAAAUCAUGAACUCUGCAGCUUAAAAAAUAGGCAAUGACGUCACUUUAUGAGAUGUUAAAUUGCAGGACUCAACCCCUGAGGUCUCUGUUGUGGGAUGGGAGUUACAGGGAUGCACUCUUGACAUAAACACCCAACCCAAGCAAGUUUCCUUUGUAGCCGGAGAUGGAGGGAGAGUAAGAUAGAGCCAUCUCUUUAUGUCUCCAUCUGCAGAAAGCUUGUUACUUGGGCAACAAGCACGGGUCCUGUCCAGGCAAAGCAGGAGGUUAUUAGGACGACUGAAGCUGUUGUUUUGUUGCUGACCUCUCUACAGGGAGCACUUUCUGCUCGCUGUGUACACGACAGACACACAAUCAUACCUAGUUAAGUCCUGCCUGCGGGAACUCCUUUUAAUCCAACUGCUGUAUUGAGAUAAACAAGCCCCUUUUAAACUCCAUGUGCACAUUUUUCAGUCGGUUCGCUCUCCUUUUGUCCAGGUCGCUCUGAGAAAUAGACCUAAUUGCAUUUCUGGAACGAGCUCAACUGUGAUCUUUCAAUAGAAGCUACUGUAAUAUAAAACUGACUGUAGCGUUCUGCAUCCAUUUAUGUUUCCCAGUGCUUUUUUUUUUGUUGUUGCUUUUGCUCUUUAGCCUUUUUAAAAUGUUGAAGGCAACUGCUGCACAUUGACUUGCCCUCACCAUUGCGAAGCUGAUCUGCUUUCAGUUCUGGUGAUCGACUAAUGACAUAUAUUCUGUUAAAUCCUUCUGAAGCUAAAAAACAUCCUGGGCUCCCACGAGAGAGAAACAUGUAUUUCAUCUUUAAAUCUUCCCUAUCGUCGUUCAUUAUUGAUGUCACAUCAGCUGAUGGAGCAAAUGAAACAGAUUGGGCCUCGGCAGACAACCUUGGCAACUAGUGUGGGCGCUAUUGACAACCUGCCCCCGUGAGUAAUGCACAGAUAAGCUCAUCUUUUCCCCUCCUGUCUAUUUACCUAAUAACCUUAAAAAUUGCAGUAGUUUACUUUGUAGUGUGUUUGUGUGUGUUUCUGGUGCGUUGUGUCAGGCUGACCCAUCAGUUCUCGGAACAGCAACCACGCGUGUUGUGUGUAGUCUGCCGGGUGUAUCUUCUCAUACGCUUCGCUUCGUGUUUAUGUGUACAGCGUGUGCCCAAGCUGGUAACUAGAAAAGACGAAGGGAAAGAACGAGAGACGGAGGGAUGGGCAGAGAGAUGACUCAUCCUCUGUCAGACGCUGUUGUUUUCCACUAAGCCCUGUUAUUUUCAGUCAUAAAUGGAUGCCAGGUAGUGGGUGGAAAAUCCUUUUUUUUUUUUUUAAUGGGGCAGACUGUGGUUGAAACAUUUGGAUGAACUUGUCCCUGUAUAACUCUUUUCUCCAUUUUUAUAAAAAUCUUUAAUUCUAAAAAUUGCCCUAAGCUUAAUGAAGUCAAAAAGAUCACCAAAUACCUGGAAAGAGUAAAGAUGAGUAAAGGCGAGUAUUCUCUUGUGAUGAGGUCAGUUUUCCAUCCGUGUGUUUCAUCCGCUGCAGUAGUAAAACUCUGGCCGGCAGCCGGGGCUGAAGACGCUGCUGACGUGUUUAGGUCAUGAUCGCACAUUGUUGGUUACAGCGAGAGCACGUUUCGUAACCUCGGCGUCCAUGAAGCUCAUUCACGGUUUCUCACAAGCAGAACUAAAUUCCGACGUGGUGCAACAUGUCUACUGCUCCUGGAGCUGCUGGUUCCUAGCCUUGAACUACUCCCCGUGACGCGUUGAUGCGGUAAAUAAAGCCGCGUUCAAUUUAAAAUAUGCCUGGAAUGAAAUUGGAUAACAGGAGUGAGUGGAAGCUUAUGUUGGUGUUUGGGCUCUUUUCAUGAGGCUAUUUGCAGUCACUUAAGCUGCCUGUAAGAGUUUGUCUUUUUUAUCGCGGCGGCUAAUCUCUGGCUCGCUGCACUGUAACCACAACUCCUCUAAGAUUAUGCGCCAGUCAGUCGCAGCCAAAGUUCAGAUCGUAAGCAUCUAUUGUUUCCCUAAAUAUAGAGACGGAACAAUCUGUGGAAAAGUGGCAUCAAUGGAUAAAUACAGCAAUUUAAUAGGUUAUUUAAAAGGUGUUCUUGGCCCCAAAUUAUUAUUGACCUUUGGCUUUUUCAAGGGUCUUUUUUUUACUUCAUGUUAAUUUAAAAAUGUGUAAAAAAGGUUUUUAAAAGCCUGGGUAUGCCCUUAUGUUUGAAAGGUCAAAGGUCAUUCUUUCAUGGCUGACGCCACCACUUUUCUUUGUCUUUGUUAUUCUAGACUUAAAACAGGACUUGUUGACUCUCGGUGCUUAAAGAUUUUUGUGUUUGCAAAUCGACGCCAGUCUGCAUUGGAUUAGAGCCAUUGCACAACGGGACAGGUGCCACCUCAGAGCUCUUGCACACAGCAGGGAUAUGUGUAUGUACAUGUCAUUAUGGUCAGUUCACAGCAUCAUUGUUCAUGUUUUAUGGUCUUCCUCAUGCAUUAAUGUACUGUACAGGGUCCUUUAUUGCUGUAUGAGAUGUUAUCAGUGGUCAUAAAACUGUUUGGUCUCCAGUUGUAGCUAAUUCUGGGGUUUUGAUCUGAAAUUUGAGAGACUGGCCGGAUGUGUUACUAAAUCAGGCCCAUCCUUUACUGAGGCCCUUCUGCCUCGCUAGGUGCCGGGUCCUGCUCCUUCAGAGCUCCUGCCUUUUGAACAGCUCAUCAAGUCACACGAGAGCGACUGUUUUCAAGCACAGGCUCGCGAUCCUUUCCUUCAGUUUAUUAUAUUCUAACCUCUGCAUGUCCUACUUUAUUUUGGACUUUUGUGAAGCUGGUGAAAAACCUGCUGCUAACUGACUUUAAGAAAUUCCUUUCAGGUUUUAAGCAUGAACCUGGAGCGUGAUGGUGGACUGGAGGUCGGCUGUAUUGAUUUACACCUGCAUACUUGGCAGUCUAGACACCCUGGGAGGGGUCCCCCCCAUCACAAUGCAGCAGUGGAAGAUAAACGGGCCUCGUGUUGCCUUUGUAAAUACCACCUGAUGAACUGAGUCGCUGGCCUCCGCACACUGUGCAUCACUGUGUCCAAACUGGAACGAGAAGAACCAAACGUGAAAGAACAUCGGUGUGUCAGAGAGCAUGCUGAUUCUCACACUCGAUAUUGAUGCAUUAGUGGUGUGUGGGCAUGUUUACCAAUUAUGUUCAUCUGUUGCUCCUCGUUUUGCUGUUGCCUCCAAUUAGCACAUGGAAAUAAUACACCACUGAAUUCACCUUCUGUCUUUAGAGAAGAUAAGCGGAGCUGCACAUUAAUUGUUGGACGCUUUUGUGGGCUUUUGAGUGGGAGUUUGCAAAUAGCAGAGCCAACGAGUCAAAGCACAAAAUAUUCCUGCGCAUCUGUUUGGCACUUGAAACUCUGGCAACUCCAACGUGACUGACCGUUACACAUCAUGCUUAGUUUCGUUUAGAAGUGUUUCUCUCAGAUUUACAACAGUUUCAAGUUUUUGUUUUAUUUUAAUAUAAGAGCCAGACCAAGUUAAUUCAAAGCGCCUAUCCCAGCGUAUUAGUAUAAAAUUUAAAAACCUCAGUUGAUGGAGCCGUUCCAUAACCAGUUAAAUUCUUUAAAGCUCUCUUUCAAUGCUUUAAUCAGCAAAUAAGGUUGAAUUUUACAUCAUGUUAUAUUGGAGAUGGAAUAUUUAUGACUCUGUAUUUUGAAAAACUGUCUAAAUUAAGCCCCUUGAGAAGAACUUGGACUUUAUAUUGUGAUCUAUGUGUUUUCUGCUGUCGCACUCAAAGGCUAUCACAGUUGACAGCACUAUCAGCUCUGUACAUAAAUUAGUCUUUCUACACAUGUUUUCACUUUGCUUUGUUUCUCCAACUUGACGGGGAAGCUGUUGUUGAUGAUGAGCUUUGCUUUGAAUUUGUCAAAUUACGCCUCACAUGGAACCAAACUGAGAAUGAGAAUGAUUCGGGUGUGGAUGGAAACGACAAACGCCACAGAACACGGUUCUGCACAGACGUGACGCACAGCUGCUUCCUUCCUUAACAAAGUCUCCGGUUGCGUUUCUGGAUGAACUGCUGGACUGUUGACAGUUUUCUGGAGAUGCCUGAGCGCAUGUGGUGGAAGUCGCAUUCAGUGGUUUCCCGCCUUGCUCUUGAUGUACGGUUCUUCUGAAUACCAUUUUACUGUCAAUGUAUUGGUAUCUAACACAUUUAACUAAAUUAAAAUUAAAUAUGACUUCAUAUUCAUAUUCAAACUCCCUAAUUAUGUAUUAUAUUCAUCAUUUGUUGGUUUCAUUUAAUUCUCUCCUUACUUCUUGUCUAGACUUAGAGCUGUAUACACUUGUAAUCUUAAUAUUUAACUCAUCUCGUCCACAUCCGUCCACAUCUGUCCUCCUUCCUCUUGUUCCUUAAGACACUGACUGCUGGGCUUUAUUUGUGGAGUUUGCCCUCAUGCCGUUGACUCUAAUUGCCAUGUUAACGAUUAACCUUCAGGUUUCACCUUCUGUUAGUUUUUUUUUUCUGCACUCCUUCUCGCUAAUAACAUACCUACAGUACAGGCGGUUUGGUGUUUUUGCUGCGUCAAAUACAGAAAGUUCUGGUAGAGAGGGAAGAGGAAUAAAAGGAAGUCAAUAGUGUAGUGGGAGGAAAUCGUUGAGGUGUAAAGGAAGAGGCUCAGCGUGGGAUUGUGGGUCUUUAUCAAUGAAUAUCUGGCUUUUAGACUUAAAACAGAGGAAGGGAGGCAGAGGAAGUGCGUGAAGUAGGAUUUAUACUGCUAAACCCAGGAGGAUUUUAUCUGGAGGCGCAUAGACCAAGCGUUACUGUGGCUGCUGGAAGGGGAAAAUGGACAAAGCCUGGUCACAGUAAAAGUGAUGGAGCCCAUGACGGUGACGACGUCAGUUGUCGGGCCGGACGAGUUCGACCGCAAUGCCCCGCGGAUCUGCGGCGUGUGCGGCGACAAGGCCACCGGCUUUCACUUCAACGCCAUGACCUGUGAGGGCUGCAAGGGUUUCUUCAGACGCAGUAUGAAGCGUAAAGCCUCCUUCACAUGCCCUUUCAGCGGAAGCUGCACCAUCACCAAAGACAACCGGCGCCACUGCCAAGCCUGUCGGCUCAAACGCUGCAUCGACAUCGGCAUGAUGAAAGAGUUCAUUCUGACAGAUGAGGAAGUUCAGAGGAAGAAGGAAAUGAUACUGAAGAGGAAAGAGGAGGAGGCGGCGCGGGAGGCGACGAGGCCGCGUCUGAACGACGAACAGUCCCGCAUCAUCAACUGCCUGGUGGAGGCGCACCACAAGACCUACGACGCCUCCUACUCCGACUUCUCCCGCUUCAGGCCUCCAGUGCGUGAAGGCCCGGUUACACGCAGCGCCAGGAGAGCUGCCUCCAUUCAGUCUCUGUCGGAUGCCUCCUCUGACUCAUUCAACCACUCUCCUGAGUCACAAGACACCAAGAUGAAUUUCAGCAGCCUGUUGAUGAUGUACCAGGACGGCGCUAGCAGUCCCGACUCCAGUGAGGAGGACACGAAGCUGUCCAUGCUGCCCCACCUGGCUGACCUGGUGUCCUACAGCAUCCAGAAGGUCAUUGGCUUUGCCAAGAUGAUUCCAGGCUUCAGAGAGCUAACGGCGGAGGACCAAAUUGCUCUGUUGAAGUCAAGUGCCAUUGAAAUAAUAAUGCUGCGCUCCAACCAGUCGUUCAGUCUGGAGGACAUGUCCUGGAGCUGUGGAGGACCCGACUUCAAAUACUGCAUCAAUGACGUCACCAAGGCGGGUCACACGCUGGAGCUGCUGGAGCCACUGGUCAAGUUCCAGGUCGGUCUGAAGAAGCUCAACCUGCACGAGGAGGAACACGUGCUGCUCAUGGCCAUCUGCCUGCUCUCCCCAGAUCGUCCCGGCGUCCAAGACCACGGCCGCAUCGAGCAGCUCCAGGACCACCUGUCGGACAUUUUGCAGGCCUACAUCCGGGUCAACCACCCGGGCGGACGGCUCCUCUACGCCAAGAUGAUCCAGAAGUUGGCCGACCUGCGCAGCCUGAACGAAGAGCACUCCAAGCAGUACCGCUCGCUCUCCUUCCAGCCCGAGCACAGCAUGCAGCUCACCCCGCUGGUGCUGGAGGUGUUCGGCAGCGAGGUGUCAUAGCGGAGCGGGAGGCGCGCGCGGCUUCAUCACACGCGGGAUGAUCGACCGAGCUCCUCCUCUUUCCCCCGAGACAACCCCAGCCCCGAUCCAACCCUGGACAUGUGGGAGAAGGAUGGGUCAGACACGCAGACCCUCAGCCAUCAUCUCUUUAUCAUUUACCCAUCUUCCUGUUCCUCUGCUGACCUCAUCAAACAAGUUCCUGAUGCCUGGACCUCCGACUCUAUGGAUUUAAGACCCCCGGAACAGGAUGUGGAUUUCUGCAGUACACUGCUGAGAUACAUUUCAUUACAUCACACAACUGUCCGGAUACUGAACCUCCACCCUCACCCCACCAGAAACACCAGAUUUGCCUUUUCACCAUCCUUUUCCAGGCAUCAGUAGAUUCCAUGUUUGAUUUUGAACGGUGGAGUCUGCCUGACGGAUGGGACAGUCAUCUCCUUUUACCAUCCUCACGCCAUCGCCAUCAUGGUUAAGCAACAUACAGAUUUCCACCUAUUAACCUAUUCAUGCUGGCAUUGUGCAGUACAGUGCAGCUUUAUCGCUAGCAGUGUUACUACACUACCAUUAGAUGUUUAUAAACCAUGGUUUAUUUAGUUUUUUGGCAGCAAUAGCAUCCAUAUCUAUUAAACAUCGACUUUGCCAGGCAUGGGCGCACUUAACAUAACGCGAUUAGAAAUUCUUGGCUAACGGGGGCAUGCUCCUGUGCGGCCCCUUUAAGUCUGAGUGUAAUGUGAGGAUUUCGUUGGUCAGAUGGAAACAAGAAAGAAGGAUUAAGAAAUAACGCUUCAGUAGCGGGAACGGUUAGAGGUAAAGGUUGAAUAUGGAGGAGGGUGUAGAUGCGGAGUCCUGGUCACAGGACAAGGGGAGUUCCUCAGAGCAAGAAUGUAUGUAUAAUGCUAUAUAAAUAUAAAUAUGCUGAUAUACAGAUCUAUAUAUAAAUAUAUUUAAGAAAGCAAAACAUGGUUGCUUCAGCAGAAGCAAACGGCUCUGGGUAUUGUAUAAUGUAGUGCAUUGGAAGGCCCCUCAGUCGUGGGAGCGUGUCCUCUCACAAAUGAAGACACGCACCCACCCGGCUGAGACGUGCGAGGGGAGUCGUUCUAUUUUUGUGACGUGUACGCAGUAAAUUAGAGUAUUGAUGUACCACAAGGGGGUCAGCGUGCAGGCUGCGGCCGAGGGUUCGGGGCAGGGGAGCUCCUCUCUGUCAGACGUGUAACGCUCAUGGACUGACAGGCGCAAAAAAAAACAAAUGUCCUUUUAUAAUGUGGAUAGUUAUUAUCACGGAAAAAAGAAAACUUUAAAAAAAAAAAUGUCCGGCUGGUUAGAUCGCUGCUAAGACAGUUAGAGCUGGAUAGUUGGCUAGACACCAACUACCGGCUAAUGCCUCAGGGAAACGUUUGUCUGACGAUGUUUAAGAUGUGUGUGUGGCGUAAGCUUACAAUCAUAAGACGGAGAUUGUUUAUUUUUUUUUAACUCUAGGUAUCACUGUGAUUUCUAAUGAUACUAAAUAACAGCAUAAGGAAGCUAGAAGUCUAAAAUGAUAAUUGCUACAGGUUAGUCAUUCCCAAACUUAACAGCUUGAUGAUGGAAACACAUAAAGACAUAAGAUAUAAAGCUGGCAAACCAUUAUGUGGCUGCAUAACUAACAGCCAUGCCUCAAAAUAUUGCUUGUGAAUAUUGUGCAGACAGUAGCAAUACUCAGUAGUCAAACAAUGUACAGCCAACAGUGUGUGUUGAAUUUAAUAUCUACAGAAAGCGCUUGGCAGCAGAGCAGAGUUCUAAAGUAUACAAACGUCUUUUUGUUCUAUAGCAGAUCUAUAGUUCUAAGUGUAAAAACAAGCUUUUGUUUGAUCACAUCCAUAUCAGUUCAACACCAGCCUUAUAAGCGAGGUUUCAGAUGUUACUUUCCAUAAUUACAUAUCAUAUCACCCUUCUGUCGACACAGUGCACGCUCUCCCCUCAUGCAGUCCUGGAUCGCCCCCUUGUGGUCGGAACCUGUAAAUACCACUUACUAAGUCUGUACAUAGUUAGAGAGUUUAUGUAGGCAAAAUACUAAGAGUUCAGUUGUUCAUAGCAGAUAUGGCACUAUAUGCAAUUAGAACAUGGACACCUGUGUUUGGCUGAAGUGGACAGAGGGGACGGUCCUAGUGAAGACGCUGGGUGGCUCUAAAGGAAGCAUCUGUAGGAUUUGGAUUUAUUUUGACUGACAUUAAAACGUGCUCCCAUCGGCAAAAUAGCCUGAAAAAGCACUUUGGUCAUAUCAAAGCGUCGUCUAGUGAAGAGGCUGCCUCUCUCUCUCUCUCUCUGUCUUCUUAGUUCAAGACGACCCUCAGGCCAUUUCAGGAAUUUUGAUGUAUUGAGAGAGAAAAAAACCCCAAAGCUUUAUGUGACUGAACAUUCCCAGUGGUGGUUGUGUUGCAUUCCAGCCGACUGAGUGCGAGUCCACCCAGAACCCAUCAGCGAGCGCGUCCUCCCAGGGAGCGUCCCCUCUGUCCGUCCUAGGGUUAUGGAUGUAUGCCUUCUCCUCCUUCGAGUCAAUCUAGAAGCCUUUGACAAUUACAGUGUACCCAUAAUAUUUUUCUUUCUUGAUUGUACAUUUGAAUACGUGUCAGAAUUUGCUGUCUAGCUAACGCUUGGCUUUCUGCGCUGGGACGCGGGUUUGACGACGCAGAGAUGAGCGCAGCGUCCUCCUGGAGACGGGAAGACGCCGACGUCGGCGGAAAAGCUCUGUGGCGAAACAACCCCCCCCCUCCCCCCUCUGCUUCUCAACAAGUACGAUGUCAAACACAAUCAUAAGCUAACACUGCCUCAACUGACUGACACGGGAUUUAGCCAGUGGCAAAGUGUCCCAGCAUCAGCGUGGACGUGCCUCUUCAUCCUCACCCGACCAUUUAACCACCUCGUCUUCUGCAAUAGCCAAUCACAGCAGGACUAUACGUCAUAGCUUUAAGUUGGCAGCCGGUGCGGAGCUGCCUGUGAGAACGCGUGGGAGUCGCAGCUGCCGUGGGGUCGGACACGGCCCCCGGUCGGUUCCGCUCCUCCUCCGGCGUCCACACGCUGUAGGACCGUGGGCGAUGAAGGACUUAGUGAUGUACAGUACAGGCGCUGUCGCCUCCUGAACCCAAAGUGUAACAUUACCCGUCUCACUACUGUGUCUCACAUUGCAGCUUGUGAAAUUUUAUACGUGUCGUUAAAAAAAAAACAGGACUUUUUUUGCAUCAACAUCUACAUCAUCUUCUCGCUAAAGAAAUGCAGGACGGGGUGGCGUGAGAGCGCGCUCAGUGGCGCGGGUUCUGUAGUCGUGCUGUGCUGCUGGUGGAUCAUCUUUUAGUUUCGCAUCGUAACCGGUUUGCUUCGGGCUCGACUCGGAGAAUGCGACGCCCGUAGGACCGGCCCGGCCCAACGUCUCGGACGCGAGCACUCAAACGGACCCAAACGGCGCUGAGGUCUCUCGCGCUCGGCCCCUCUCAAGCCAGGUCUGCAGCUUCACCUCAGUAGCCUUACUGACAGUGACCUCACUCAGCUGGAAACAUGAUACCUCAGAAUUCACAGGAUGACUUUUACAAUAGCUGCGAAGGGAACCAAACAUAGCCUCGCUCACACACACACACACACACACACACACACACACACACACACACACACACACACAGUAAAGUAGUUUCCAGUUGUCCCCUAGAAUCCUGUUGCUAGUAGACCAGUCAGUGUUUAACCCUUUCACCCCCGUCAUUUCCUUUCCUGCUUCACCCACUUGUUCCUCAUUUCUGCCUGACUCUCUAUUUUUUUCUGUCUCUGCGAACCGAUGACGUGCCGCUAAGCUUUAGCGCUGCGUUUAACCAAACAUACUACCUCUCCCUUCCGCACAUAUAUAUAAAUAUAAAUAUAUAUAUAAAUUUUGUCUUCGCAUGAUUGUGUUUAUUAUAAGGCCUAUUUUUUUCUCAACACUAAUUUAGGUUUUGUGUAAAUAUACUGUAUUUUCCUGUUUUAUUUUCUCUCUUCAAAUGCUGGAUGUGGUUUUAUUUUAUUUUAUUAACCUCAAAUCUCAUGUAAAACUACAAAGGUUAGUGAGUGAAUUUAGAGGCCUCUUCAGCAUCGCAUUCAAAUGCAUGGAAGUCUACAUUCACAUAGCAGCUAAAACACCCAGUACACUUAUUAUAAACGCAGAUUUUAUUAGUUUUAUUGGAAAUAUUUUGAAGAAUUGCACGAGGAAACACUAUGAGCACUAUGACACUUGAUUGGACUCAUUAAACCUGUAGGUUGUGAAGCCUUCAAGUUAAAUUGGGUGUUUUAGAGGAGAACAGAUGUGUCCUAAUCCUUUUAAAUAGCAACGCUACCAAUGUAACAAUCUAAUUGUGAUGAUUGGUAUAACAAAGGGAGGGAGGACGCACACUAGGCCAAACACUGACAGCUGACUGCUAUGUGAAUGGUUCCCAUGGCCCCAAAUACAGGGAGUGGUAGUCUGCUCCGUCCCAGCACCCGGCGCUCGGAGCAGUGGUGCCGCUCAGUCACCCUGGCUCUGGUGCCGUGGCUUCGCAGCGUGUACGAGCUUCUCCCGCGCCUCCGGUGGGGGUCGUAUCGUGGCGGGACCGGUUUCUGAGCGUGUGGAUGACCAGCGGGCGGCCCCUCGCUCCGCUGCUGGGCAGAGCUCCUGCUGCGGCCCAGCUCCAGCACUCUGCCUUAUUCGAACCGAUUCUCAUCUCUCCUCUGAUUCGUCUUUUGGAAAACCAGGCCUUUCGGGCCGCGCGCUGCUCACGACAGGAGUAUGAAACCGAUACGGGAAAAAGCCCAACUUGGAGCUUCACCUGUUAGGACCUUUUUUUUUGUAAGAUAUGUGGCUUGUACAGAAAAUGUAGUUGCCUGCGUUGACCCUGAGGAGAGCAGGACGCCAGAAAACCCACUUUUCUACUUGUUCUAAAAAGUUGCUCUGAUUGCAUUUCUCUGCUACCUCUCUCUAAAUAUGCGCUUGCUCGUACACACACGCACUUAAACAGCUGCACUCACCCUCACAUACUGCGUGACACACUGAAUGCACACACACACACACUCACACACACAUUUUUCUCCUUCACCAGCAGUUAUUUGCCAAUGAUGCACUCGUGUUUUUGUCUCUAAAUGCUCUGCAGAACGUUUAACGUUGAAAAACUAGUUUCUUUUAGUCUCUCUUUUUUAAUUUUAAUUACUAAUCUCUAAGUAUGACCUGGGGUAGCCAGGUUAGGGUUAAAUUAAAUGAGUUAAUACAUCAGUACACAGAAAAACAAGUAAAUGCACAUAUUGCUGAGCUCAGUUGUACCUUGGUGUGCCUAGAACCCACAGCCUUAUUUUGGGACAAUAUCAGGGGUUUUAAACAAGACUAGAGGAUAAUCUGUAUUUUUAUUUAUGAUGUUAAGACAGUUUCAUUGAGUUUUUGUAGCUGUUUUAUCCUCCUCAUAUCCACAGAUUUUGAGUUGCUGUAAUUAGUGAUGCUCGUGGGAGGUGCAUGUGAGCAGGACGUGCUACGUCUGUAUCUCUACUGGUUGUUAUUAUAUUUUAAUUUAUUUACCCUUGGAUAUUUGUUCAGUGACUUUUGGUUCUUCUGAUGCCUUGCUGUGCAUAUUGAACAGUCUACUAAAGUUUAUAGAUUAUUGAUUUAUUUAAUUUAAAUUUAUCAGCUACCUCCUGGUGGCAAACAUCCCCUUUUUAAAAGGUUUUAAAUGAUAUUUGUCCUCAGCGUCCCAAGAUAAGUACCCUGUUAGCUUGACACGUGCACGCCACCAUGCAGUAAAUCUCACCGGACGUCAGCGCUACUAGAAACCAGGUACGUCUGCUGUGGAGCAGGACUGUACCUUUUAACCAGCGUUUCUCUUCAUGGUUGGAAAUCACCGCCUGUUUUUUGUGUUGCGCUUUUCUUUUUGCUCUUCUUACCUUUUUGAAGUUGAUCUAUUGUACUUUGAUUACAUGCAUUGUAUGUAGUAAACUUAAAAAAUAUAAAUGCUAAUGUUUUGGGGAAAUCACAAAUAAAACCGCUGUAAAUACUGAUGCAAAACA